AUGAUGGAAUACAGAAGAAGAUGCAACCGCAAAGCACACGACACACGUGGUGAGUUUGUGACUCGGAACUCCCGCCCCAACAUUGUGCUGCUCAUGGCUGAUGACCUUGGCGUGGGGGACCUAGGCUGCUAUGGGAACACCUCUGUCAGCACUCCAAACAUUGACCGUCUGGCGAGCGAGGGCGUGAUGCUCACACAGCACCUGGCAGCUGCAUCUGUUUGUUCACCAAGCCGUGCAGCUUUUCUCACAGGGCGCUACCCUGUGCGCUCAGGCAUGGCGUCACCCAACAACAUGUACCGUGAUGUCAUGUGGCUGGGCGGGUCGGGCGGACUCCCGAGCAAUGAGACGACUUUCGCCAAGAUGCUGCAACACAGGGGAUACCGCACAGGACUCAUAGGUAAGUGGCACCUGGGUAUGAGUUGUGCAUCUCGUGGCGACCACUGUGCACACCCGCUCAACCACGGCUUUGACUUCUUCUACGGGAUGCCACUGGGACUGCUGGGAGACUGUAGUGCUGGUGCCUGGCCGGAAGUGCACCGCAGGCUGCGUAUCCAGUUGUGGGUGACGUCAGCAGUGCUGGCCACCCUCCCCUUCCUGCUGUUGGUGCCCCGCCUGGCAGGCUGGUUUCCUGUCCCUUGGAUGCUCAUGGCCACUUCUGGAUUCCUGGCUGCACUCUUCUUCCUGUCCUGGUUCAGCAGCUACGGCUUCGUGCGCAGGUGGAACUGCAUAAUCAUGCGUGACCAUGAUGUCAUCCAGCAGCCAGCUGAUGAGGCACGGGCGGCAGGGUUGAUGCUGAGCGAGGCGCUGGCCUUCAUCGACAGGCACAAGCGCAGCCCAUUCCUGCUGUUCCUGUCCUUCCUACACGUGCACACGCCGCUGCCUACACGUGGAAAUUUCGUGGGUCGCAGCAAGUUUGGGACAUAUGGGGACAAUGUGGAGGAGCUAGACUGGAUGGUGGGGAAAGUCCUUGCUGCCCUGGACCGGGAGCGCCUGACCAAUCAGACCCUGGUUUACUUCACAUCAGACAAUGGUGGCCGCCUGGAGGCCGAGGAGGGCGGGGUCCGAGCUGGUGGCUGGAAUGGGGUCUACAGGGGAGGCAGUGGCAUGGGUGGCUGGGAGGGCGGAGUGCGUGUGCCUGGCAUCUUCAGGUGGCCUACAGUGCUGGAGGCAGGACGAGUCAUCGAGGAGCCCACAAGCCUCAUGGACCUGCUCCCCACACUAAGUCACGUGGGUGGCGGGAUCCUCCCCCAGGACAGAGUGAUUGAUGGCCAGAACCUGAUGCCAUUGCUGGAGGGCCACGUGCAGCACUCGGACCAUGAGUUCCUGUUCCACUAUUGUGGCAUUUUCCUGCACAGCGUACGGUGGCACCAGAGGGACUGCAACACUGUGUGGAAGGCCCAUUAUGUCACUCCCAAUGUCUCCCCGGAGGGCUCGGACAGCUGCCACGGAGGUAGUGUGUGCGCAUGCUCUGGUGAUGUCACCCACCACGACCCACCCCUGCUCUUUGACAUCUCACGAGACCCUGCAGAGUCACGGCCGCUGAACCCCGACAACGAAGCGCUGUUCGAGACAGUGCUUGGCAGGAUGUCAGUGGCUAUGAGGAAGCACCGAGCCACCAUUACCCCCGCACCCCACCAGCUCUCUGUCUUCAACGCCCUCUGGAAGCCCUGGCUGCAGCCUUGCUGCGGUGCUGCUUUCCCGCUCUGCGGCUGCACGGGGGAGGAUGUGUGA